AGGUUGUAGUUGGUGAGUCAGGUGGUUUCCUGUUCACGACUUCAGUCGCCUGUGGGUGUUCACUAGCAAGCUAUACUUCUUUCACAAACCAAGAGAAAUAUGUGUAAAAGGACAGUGGUGCAAGUUGAUGUUGAAGAAGUCGAAAAGAGAAGAUAUCCCAGUAAAUACUACGUGUAUAUUAUAAAAGUCACUUGGUCGGAUCAGUCUGUAGGAAUCAUUUACAGAAGAUAUAGCCAGUUCUUCAAACUGCAGAGUAAACUCCUAAAUAACUUUCCAAAAGAAGGUGGAGAAGACAACCCUUCUGACAGGAUCAUUCCAUUUCUACCUGGAAAAAUUCUGUUUGGUAGAAGUCAUAUACGACAGGUCGCCUUAGAAAGAUGCAAGGCCAUAAAUGAAUAUUGUAAAAAACUUAUCCUUCUUCCACAACACAUCUCAGAAAAAGAAGAAGUUUUGAACUUUUUUGAAACAAAGCCUGAUGAUGUGACAGCACCAGUAUCACAAGAUAAGAAAGAAGAUCAAAAAGCGGAUGCAAUAUCUGAGCCAUUACAGCUUGAACAAUAUGUGUCUAUAGCAGAUUAUGAGAAACAGCAGAGGAAUGAAGUAAGCCUGACAGCAGGGGCUUGUGUCGAGGUGAUAGAGAAGAACAGCAGUGGCUGGUGGCUAGUGAGUGUUAAUGAUGAGCAAGGAUGGGUGCCUGCUUCAUUUCUAGAAAGAGUGGAUGGCAAGAAAGAUGAACUUACUGUUAAAAUGAAAGCAGGAGUUGAGAAAUAUCUAGUCAUUCAACCCUACAAAGCACAAAACUCAGAUGAGUUGGAUUUAGAGAAAGGAAUGAUAGUGGAUGUUACAGAAAAAAGUUUAGAUGGUUGGUGGAAACUAAGGUGCAAAAACAGAGACGGUUGGGGUCCUGCUGCAUGCCUAAAAAGGGUUUCAACUGUUGUGAGGAAAAAACUAGUCAGUUCCAAUCCCAUUUCUCCAGUCCAGGUUAUUGGAAGAAUGAGUGAAGUGAGUGACCUUAUCACUAACCCUACGAGUUCAGCCAACUUCAAAUCACAAUACACAGCAUCAAAUCUUGAGGAGGACAUAUAUGGUAAUGCUGACAUUAUUGCUAAAUUCAAACCUCCACCUAGAAGAGCAUUUGUAAUAAAGGCCAAGAAAAAGCCUGCCAGACCUCCAACAUUACCACCAGUUAAAAAGCAGUACGUCACAAUAGCAGAUUUUACAGAUAGUGCAGGAGAUGGGCUCUCAUUCAAACAGGAUGCUAUUGUGCAGGUAUUACAAAAACAUUCUACUGGCUGGUGGUAUGUCAGCAUUGAAGGGAAUGAAGGCUGGGCUCCUGAAUCUUACAUAAAAGAGGUGACAGCAGUGACACAUUCUUCAAGGGUCUCUAGUCAAAGUAAUAAUGAAUCUCGUGCCAGGUCUUCAAGUCCUCUGUCAUCCACAGUAACAGAAAGUGGAAGUGGCCAGAAAAGUCAGCUUAUUGGUGUUAAAAAAACAAAGCAAACCACAUCAGGAACGGAAGGAAUAUCUUUGAAGUCAAAUAUACGAAAGAGACCAACAAUUCCAAGUAAAAAUGUUGAAAACAAAUCCUCUAAAGAUUUGAAAAAACCACCAGUGCGACCUUCAACACCACCAACACUCAGACCUGUUACACCUCCUAAGCCUACUUCUUCCCCACGGCCCUCCACACCCACGCGGUCAUCCACGCCCCCACAGUCAUCAAGGCCAUCCACACCUCCAGCAAAAUCAUAUAACUUACCCUCUAAACUGCAGACAAAAUGUGGGGUACAGCUGAAAGUGAAACCAAUGACCCACAUUGCAACACAGGAAAGCAGCUCAUCUGUUAGGCAGAAUACGGGUCCUUCCCCUGUGUCUUCUGAAGUGAAAGGUGCUAAUAUGUCUGAUGAGCUGAGAAAUGUGCUUGCAAGACGGCUCACUGCCAUGAACAAAUGAUAAGACAUGUCUGAAGUUGAAAUGUGCAAUAUAUUUUAUUAAGAUUAUAAUUUUUAUGUAAAAAUCUCUAAGAUGUUAACUAAUUUAUGUUAUUUUUAAAGAAAAUGAGUGUGUAGUCAAAAAUAAUUUAUUUUUACUGUAAAAUGAUAUAAAGUGAAGAUAUACUAAGGUCCCACUUUUCAUUUCUUCAUUUGAUUUAUUGUGCAUGAAGAAUUCGGAGGUAUGUGCAAAAUUGACAGAAUUUUUCAUUCACUCUGCAAAUUCAAUUUAUAAAUAAAUGUGCUCAGCAUAUUUACUAAAAUUCUUGGGGUAGACAGUGUUUUUCUACAACUGACCAGUCUUAGAUCCUCCAUUAUUUACCAUUAUUCUGUAGCAAUUUAAGGAUAUUAAAAAAAUUUAACCCACACAUC